AUGGCAAUGACCGCUCGGGCGCAUACACCGGUGCAGGAUGCAUAUCGUCCGUUGUCACCCCCCACCGACUCCAUCCUCUUAAAUCGGAGUUACAGCUCGCGAUCGGGCUCCAGACCCAACUCGUUCAUCGCCAGCAAUUCAGGCUACAACUACGCCCACGGUGCCGUCGGUGAACCGCCCGCCACCAUUCACAAUCCUCGAUUCCAUGAGGAGUUUGACGCAGCCAGUCAGCGAGGUUCGGUCGCGAUCGAUGGCCCGUCAACCGCGGCAGUCCACCGUUCGGCGUCACAAAUGUCCCAUUCUCGGUCCACGACCCCGACGCGCUCAACCACCCUGAAGAAGAGGUCGUCGCUCAGCAGGAAAAGCAGUAUGCAUCGCAGCGGGAGUCGACGGAGCUUGCGCGCCGGCAGUGUGCGCAGUCUGGUCCUGGGUGAUAGGGAAAAAUACGGCGUUGAGGGCGCAGAUGAUUCCAACAGCGCAUUCCACAUCCCCAUCCCGACAAGUGGGAGUCCGACGGAGGUCAUGGCCCAGCGUUUCCAGGCUUGGCGCAAGAUCCUGAAAGAUUUGAUUGUCUUCUUUAAGGAAGUCCAACGAUCCUACGAAACUCGGUCCAAGCUGUACCUGUCGGCCUCAAACGUGAUCAACAACUCUCCACUGCCUCCCUCAUUUCUCAAAUCCGGCGGCCUCGCCGAUGCGACCGAGAUUCUGCGGGACUUUCACCGUCAGGGGUACCUGGAAGCGAACAAAGCAGCCGAGGUCGAAAGCGAAGUCGUGAAUCAGCUCAUGGGUCUCCGGAACGAUCUACAAAAGAAGACCAAAGAAAUCAAGAGUCUCCAUGGAGACUUCCGGAACUCCGUCGAUAAAGAGGUCGAGGGUACGCGCAAGACUGUUCGCCAGUUACACGAAGCGUUGGGUCUGGUCGACACCGAUCCAUCUGCGACAUCAGGCAAGGGCGAUCCGUUCAUCGUCCGACUGAACGUGGACAGGCAAAUCGAGAAGCAGAUCGAGGAGGAGAACUACCUCCAUAGGGCUUUCUUGAACCUCGAGAACUCUGGUCGUGAACUUGAGUCGAUUGUCGUCAGCGAGAUUCAAAAGGCGUACAAUGCAUACGCUAGUAUCCUCAAGCGGGAAGCCGACGAAGCGUACGAUACCGUGGAGAAACUCCGUGCCGGUCCCAUCUCCAUGCCUCACGAUCACGAAUGGAAUCAUUUUGUCGCCAACACCGACGAACUGGUCGAUCCUCGCGUUCCUCUCCGGAACGUGGAGAAUAUCACCUACCCGGGCAAAGAUCAUCCGGCCGCGGCUGAAGUCCGAUCGGGCAUGCUCGAGCGCAAGAGCAAAUACCUAAAGAGCUACACUCCCGGAUGGUAUGUCUUGUCCCCGACCCAUCUGCACGAGUUCAAAUCUGCCGACCGGGUGGCAUGGCAGACACCUGUGAUGUCAUUGUACCUCCCAGAGCAGAAGCUGGGCUCUCACUCGCAACCGGACUCGACGUCGCACAAGUUCAUGCUUAAAGGGCGGCAGACGGGAACCAUGCAUCGGGGCCACUCGUGGGUAUUCCGCGCAGAGUCACACGAGACCAUGAUGGCGUGGUACGAAGACAUCGAGAGCUUGAUCUCCAAGACGGGCGAGGCCCGCAAUGCGUAUGUCCGACGGCAUGUCCGCACUGUGAGUGGCACCAGUGUCCGCACCAGCAUUGACGGCAUCAUGGAUGAAGAUGAGGCCGAUCGCACCCCAUAUUCGGCAGAGGCGGUGGUCCUGAAUCAGGAACGGCCCACGUCUGAGCCUCGUCAGCCCGGGGGCCGUUUCCCGAGUGACGUGCAGAUAGACCGCCACGUGCAAGCCCCGCUGUCACCCUCCAGCGGGGAGAGCUCCGGCGGACAUGACAUGCUCGCCGGUGCAGGAGAGCUGCCCGAUGGGGUUCCAUUCCACGAUGGCAAUCCCAAUGUCUCGAGCAACGAAAGCCGCGAUGCGAGCUACGGUCCGCCGGUAGAGCGACAUGAUGCCUACUAUGGCGAAUGGAUGGGCCCUGCGGAAAUCGCUGCUCGUCAGAAGCAACUGCAGCAGGGUAACUCUGGGGGCGACCAAGGUGGUGCUGCCAGAUCCGAUGUGGGAGGAAACGAUGCCCACCCAAUCCUGUUUGCAGGAAUGGGGUCUGUGAGCUCCCGCGACCCGUCAGUGGCACGGCAGAGAAACCGCCGUGAAAGUGCAUCGACAGCACCGACCACCACCAACGUCACCGAUCACACACACAAUACCAUUCCUACGUCAGUGGAAGGAGAUCAUGAUACACCUAUGGUGGGUGUUGGCGGCGUCGGCUAUCAGAAUGCUGGCGACUACAAGAACGACCAAGGCCUGUCCACCGUGGAUAGUGCUACCGUCACCCCAUUGUCCGAUAUCGCCUCGGAGGAAGCAUACAACGGCUCUUACAUGCGGCGACCGGGGAACAUGAGACGAACCUCGUCUCAGCAGAAGAAAAGCGUGUCAGCGCUUGAGCUGCAGAUUCCAGGCCACUACCCCCCAGCAAACCACAUCCCCGCGUAA